UUACAUGUACAACACAAAACAAAGACAACUUAAAACUAGGUCUCUUGUUCCUGAUCUUGUUUCUGUUUUAACCUGGAUAUGACCUCAACCAUGAGAGGGCCUUCGGUAACUAGCUUCCGAAGUCCAAAAACCUUACUGUUUCACAUGCAAUAUGUAACUGUACCAAUCAGAAGGUCAAAAAUGAUUGAAAGUGAUGGAGCAACAAACUGGAGGAGCCUCCUUCAGCAUCACUCAUGCCAACCACACAAGAUCAAAGUAGUUAAAUACAAAGAUGAACAAAUCAAACAAUGCCCUAAACGUUCCUAGGCUAAUUGAGUAGAUUUAUGCACAAUGAUGGAGACACCAAACCUUAAUUAUUCCAUUUUUUAUAGUAAUAGUAGCUUUAAUUGCUAAAACACAUAGCGGCAACCGCAGCAAUUGGGUGACGUGCUGACAGAUGACAAUAAAGGAAAAGUUUACCCUUGAAACAAAAGCAAAAACCCAUUUCUUCUUCCUCACUCAAGAUGAUACGAAGAUUGAUAAUAACCCCCCUUGUUUUCAGAAACCCACAAUUACCCUGUAAGGAGGAUGUGAUAGUAGUGCCCGCUAGGUGCUGGGAUAAGGAAAAAAGCCAAGGAAGAAAAUGCCUCCUGAAGUAUCUCAUUCCCGUGCCCCUCAGCUCACUCCCUCGGUUCAGUUCUCUAGUACUGCAGGCUCAGAUACCAGCCCCAAAUCUGGCAGAGCAGCUAGAAGGAUGAAAUUCCCUGGAAAGAAACUGCUGCCAGCGCUUGUUUUCAUCCUGUCAAGCCUUUCCAUUCUCAGACUUCUUAAAAUCGCCAUUACUACUUCACAUUCUUCAUCUCCAGCAGCUGCUUUGUUGUCGUCCCUUCAACAGGAGUGUUCAUCUCCUUCAGAAUGUAGUAAAGUUACAUCAAAUGCACUAGGGAUCAAGUCCGGACCACAUAAAACCUCUGCCAAUGCAAGCCUUCUCACCCCGAAGGAAUUCAUGCUUCUUUCAAAUCUCAUUAUCCGUAAAGCACCUUGUAACCUCCUUAUUUUUGGUCUUCAAUCUCAGUACCUCAACCUCUCAUCAAUAAAUGCAGGAGGGAUCACUCUUUUUCUCGAGGAUGACCCUUACAAGAUAAGUGAAACCAAAGCUGAUUCUAAUGGGACUCGAAUUUAUAAGGUUAAGUACCAGGUACCAGCUAAGAAGGCAUACAAAUUGCUCAAGCACGCCAGGGGAAAUCCUGCUUGCGCCCCUAGCACAAGUCUGCUCCAACAAUCAACUUGCAAAUUGGCAUUGAGAAAUUUACCACAAGAAGUGUAUCAGCUUAAAUGGGAUGUCGUGGUGGUGGACGGCCCAAUUGGGGACGCACCAGAAGCACCAGGCAGGAUGUCAACUAUCUACACUGCUGGCAUAUUAGCGAGAGCUGGGAAGACAACUGAUGUUGUGGUACAUGACGUUCAUCGCACAAUUGAAAAAUGGUUUUCUUGGGAAUUCCUGUGUGAAGAGAACUUGGUUUCUGCUAAAGGAAAAUUCUGGAAUUUUAGGAUCUCCGGUCAAUCAAAUUCUACAAGGUUUUGCUCUUCUGAGACGGUUCAUAGAGACUAAUAGCCUUCUUUUAU